AUGCCAGGCCAGAACUUCGGCUCUCAUCCGUCAGCCGAGAGCCUCGUUACUUGGUUCACACAAAAUGGGGGUCAGCUUAGUCCAGACGUCCAGAUCGUCUUCAACGACUCGCGUGGCUUUCAUAUGCGCGCUGCGAGGCCACUGAGCUCCACUGUGGUGGCUUCAUGUCCACUGAAGCUUACACUAUCUUCUCUGAAUCUAGACCCAAACGAGAAAGAGGUGUUGUAUGUUGAAAGCCCUCUACAACAAUGUCGAGGAAGAAUCCCGGAUCACGUUCUGCCGUAUCUGCUGUUGAUUGAACAGCGCAAGCAAGGCGAGAAGUCGCCAUGGCAUGCGUACAUCUCCUGUUUACCGGGGCCUGAAAGUAUGACUACACCUUUCUGGUUUGAGGAGAGCGAUGUGGCAUUUCUCGCCGGUACAAGCCUAGCUCCUGCGACCGAGGAGAGAAAAGCUGAGCUGCAUCACCAAUGGAGAAAUGCCAUGGUUGUCAUGGAAGAACUUGGUAUACCUCUUGCUGACGAGGUCGACCUCGAAUCAUUCCUAUGGGCAGCCACCAUCUUCACCUCGCGAGCGUUCAUUUCGACACACAUUCUACCAGAACGUGAAACGCUUCCCAUCCUCUUUCCGGUCGUCGAUAUUCUCAACCACUCGGUUUCCGCAAGGGUGGAGUGGGACUUCCAGCCUCACCAAUCGUUUGCACUAAAGUGUCUCGAAGGCGAGUCGUUCCAGGCCGGUCAAGAGCUAUUCAAUAACUACGCACCGAAGCAGAAUGACGAGCUACUUCUGGGGUACGGUUUUUGUCUAGAAGAUAAUCCUAUUGAGCAGUUUGCUCUGAAGUUAGCGUUUCAGCCACAGCUGCAACAAUAUGCACAGCAGCUGAGUUUGCUCAAUGCUGAAAAUGUGCCUUUUGGCAUGUCGACAGAUUUCCUAGCCACAGACCCAAACAAAGAGCAGCAUUUUCUUCGCGCUAAAAGCCAUCCAUUCGGCCGUUACGAUAACCACGUCCCCUUCUUCCGUGGUGUGCCACCCUAUAUCGUCCACUUCUUCUUUAUUCAGACGAUCAUUACUUCCGAGUUGGAUAUAAAUACCAUCGACGUCGCACGACCAGGGGCUAGGAUUACGCUGCAAGUUUUGGUGCUCUUACACCAGGCACUGGAGCAUAGAUGCAGUACCCUUCCAUUACAUCUACAACAAGAGCCUCGAAAUGACAAGCAAAGGUAUGCGAAGAUCUAUCGCGACAGUCAGGCUAGGAUCAUCCACUCAGUGCGAGAAGAGCUCAAGGCUGCGAUUACAAAGCUCCGCGCUUCGGACUCCGAACUUCCCGUUCGCGCUUUGCACAGUCUACCUGAUAUGCUCACGACCUUCGGCACUGAUUUGCCUGGACCCGCUAAGACUUUCUCAAGCGCGCUUGAUCGACAUCGUAUUCAAGAUUCACAGAAUGAAGGUCUGCAAUGGACGAUGCUUUUCACUGUCCUCGUGUCGUUGAUGUUGACUACGCAACACACAACUGACAUAACGGUCUUCGCCCUGGUGCGGGACUUGUGUUCAAAACAUGCUCUGCCCGCUCUAGAGGACGGCAUCGAAGACGUCGGCACGUACACCUUUAUCGACGAAAACCUGGGCGACUUUGUGCAACUUCCUUCGGCCAAUGCAAACGUCGCGCCAACCGAUGCGCUGGACGAUCUGGGGCUGACGUUUGUCAAUCAAUCCGCUGAUGAUACAACGCCUGUUUUUAUCAAGGGACGUACGGAGAACCUCGGCGCGAAGAUCAUCAUGUGGGCAAUGGUAGUUGUGGAGAAGGACAUUGUACCUGUUUUUGAGAAUGGCCAAACCAAAAGAUGUUUGUAUGCUAGAGCGCAGACGCCGGAAGGUGGGCAGAGUGACGAGACGUGGAUGUACGAGGAAGCUGCAGUGUAG